AUGUAUUCUAUUCGGCAGAGACGUGGUCAGGGUGACGGUUCAAUUGAAUUUGAAGAAUUCAUCAGAGCACUGUCGAUCACAUCGAGAGGAAACCUGGACGAGAAGCUACAUUGGGCGUUCCGAUUAUACGAUGUUGACAAUGAUGGUUUCAUAACGAGGGACGAAAUGUACAACAUCGUCGAUGCCAUCUAUCAGAUGGUGGGUCAGCAGCCACAGUCAGAGGACGAGAACACGCCUCAGAAGCGGGUGGACAAGAUCUUCGACCAGAUGGACAAAAACCACGACGACCGGUUGACGCUGGAGGAGUUCCGCGAGGGCAGCAAGGCCGACCCUCGCAUCGUCCAGGCGCUCAGUUUAGGUGGCGAUUAACCGAAAGAUGACCCGCGCGAAGCCCCGCAACGCUCGUACCAAUACGACGAGCAGCACAAUAUCGAACUCCAGCGGACGUCCAGCAACGCCUACUAGUAGAUGAGAGUGUGAGACAUGUGUGUCAAAAAGUGGGAGAAAGAGAGGGCAGUAGUCGAGUGAGAGAAGGUAAGCUGAGCGCCUAUUGCUGUUUGUGCGAUUUGUACGAUUCCUGCGGGAGAUUUUAUUUUAUGUGGAUCACAGGGAAUCUGUGGCACACGUGAAAAAAAUCCGCCAAAUCAUUUUUCGUGCGGGCAUCUAAAAAGCGAAGCGAAAUGCGCCAUAACUGUGGGAUUAGAUAUUUUUCCGUUCGCCAAUUGCUAACUGAAACAAUCUGCAACAAUCGCCUAUUUGAUUCGGUUCAAUUUUGACGCUUCCGGCGUCGUCUAUGGUUUUAUUUUCUACGACAAGAGCUGAAUCCGUACAAAAAUAGCCAGCCGCGAGAAGCAAACAUUAAAAGAGUGACAAUUUUUCAAUCUUUUGACUGUUCUAGGUUUAAGCUUUUAAGUGACUUAUUGCUACAGCAUGGAAAGUGAACAAUUUGUAAGAAAUUGACAACUUGAAAACAAUCGAAUAGCAUUUAUCAACCUUUAAAAUCAAGUAACACUUAUCUAAGAACCGCUUCUUCUAAUCAAGUACUUUAUCGGAAUAAGGAAAAAAAAAUGUGAGAAAGAAUAGUUACUGCUCUAGCAUUUAUGCAAUCUGACACGUGAACUCAAAGUUUAAAACGUAAACAAUUAACGCGUGCAGCGCAAUCAGUAAAAAAAAAGUUAAACUAAAUAUUUGGUUCUUUGCUUGGCAAAAGAAGGUUUGAUAGGAUGGAGAAAAACAUCGAAAAACAUACGUCGGAGAUGAUUUGUAAAAACAGAAAUAAAAAGAAAAAAAACGUAAACAUUCCCCCUCAAAACUAAACUAUCAAUCACAUUUUGAAACUGCAACCGUCAAAUUACAUUGAAAAACAUAAAAAAUUGCACACAAUGAAAACUUAACAUUCACACAAAACCAAAACUUGCACACAGUUUACAGUUUUCGAAGCUACGGAAAAUUCUAGUUAUUUACAGAGAGACGUGAGCGGAUGACAGAUCUUUAUUUACAAUUUUCGACGACAAGGACAGCAAAACAAAACAACUGAGCACUAACAACCAAAACCAAAAAAAAAAGAACACAAGACAUAAGUGUGUAAAUUUGAGACAUGAAAAAAUGCCAAAACAAACAGCCUAGUUUAUAUACUUCAGAAGCGUGGAACAAAAGAACCACGGAAACGGCAGCACAGCAUGUAAAAAUAGCAUUAUUUGUUAUCAAAUUUUAAUAAAACAAAGUGGCAGUGACAAAAAAAAAUAUUGAUAUUAAAAACAAAACGCUAAUUCUAUUGUUGUUAUUGAAAGUAAAAGUAAAGCAAAAAUCAUACCUUAAAGCCGUAGCUAAAGAAUAAGAAAAAUGGGGGAAAAAAUUAAGAAGAGUGAAAAUCGGAAAAUCAAAACAAAAAACAAUUCGUAUCGUCGUCAUGGAGAAAGGCACUGUAAAAAAAAGAACAUCAAUUCGAACGAAAACAUAACAACAACAACAACAACAA